AAACACUCGUUAUUUAAUCUCACUGAAUCCCUCUCAUCUGCCACAUUCAUUCUUCACUCAGCCCUCUAUUCACUGCAGCGCGCUCAGCAACGAUCAGCUCUCGCAAUUUUUCUCAUUAUUCUCUUCUAUUAUUUCUCCUCUUAUCAUCGUUUUUGCAGGGACUUCUUUCAGAUUCGUCAUCAGUUUUUUUUAUCUCUUUUUUCUUUUGCCUAUUAUUUUUUUCAAUUGUAUUUUCUGCUUUGUAUUUGUUGUGUUUCGUUUUGUGUUUUGGAUAAUGGAUGCAGGAUCUUUGAGUUCCUCCGCAAAUUUGAAAACACAUUCUCGAUGCCCUCUUCAGGAGCAGUUUAGUCAAAGAAAGAAUUCCCGAGAAAAUUUGGAUAGAUUCAUACCAAAUCGUUCAGCCAUGGACUUUGAUUAUGCACACUACAUGCUUACAGAAGGGGCAAAAGGUAAGGAAAAUCCCAAUGCGAACUCGCCCUCAGCCUACAAGAUGAAGCUUGCAGAAGCAAUGAACAUGAACCGGACGCGAAUCUUAGCUUUCAAGAACAAGCCACCUGAACCAGUUGAAUUUUUCCCACGCGAGUCCUCUCCAACUCUUCACAAUAAAUCCGCUAAGCCCCGACGGUUUAUUCCUCAGAGUUCCGAGAGGACAUUGGAUGCUCCAGAUCUUGUGGAUGAUUACUACCUCAAUUUACUUGACUGGGGAAGCAGCAAUGUUCUGGCAAUAGCACUUGGAAACACAGUGUACUUAUGGGACGCUAGCAACGGAUCUACUUCAGAACUUGUCACUGUUGAUGAAGAAAAUGGGCCUAUCACUAGCAUCAGCUGGGCUCCAGAUGGAAGGCAUAUUGCUGUCGGCUUGAACAACUCUGAAGUGCAACUUUGGGACACCACUUCAAAUCGACAGUUGAGAACUUUGAGAGGUGGUCAUAGGCAGCGAGUUGGGUCUCUGGCAUGGAACAAUCACUUGCUUACAACAGGAGGAAUGGAUGGUAGAAUUGUGAACAACGAUGUAAGAAUUAGAUCACACAUUGUUGAAACCUACAGAGGGCAUGAACAAGAGGUUUGUGGGCUGAAAUGGUCAGCCUCAGGUCAACAAUUAGCCAGUGGAGGGAAUGACAAUCUGCUUUUCAUAUGGGACAGAGCUGUGGCAUCUUCUAACACAGCAACACAAUGGCUUCACAGACUUGAAGAACACACAUCUGCUGUAAAAGCUCUUGCCUGGUGUCCUUUCCAAGGAAAUUUGCUUGCCACAGGGGGAGGUAGUGGAGAUCGAUGCAUUAAAUUCUGGAACACCCACACAGGUACUUGCUUGAACUCAGUUGACACUGGGUCUCAGGUUUGUGCCUUGUUGUGGAACAAGAAUGAGAAGGAGUUACUUAGCUCUCAUGGAUUUACCCAGAAUCAGCUAACACUUUGGAAAUACCCAUCAAUGGUGAAAUUGGCUGAGCUUAAUGGUCAUACUUCAAGAGUUCUUUAUUUAGCUCAGAGCCCAGAUGGUUGUACAGUGGCAUCAGCAGCAGCAGAUGAAACAUUGAGAUUCUGGAACGUGUUUGGAGCUCCGGAAGCAACUAAACCCGCUCCAAAAGCAAGAUCUGAGCCAUUCUCAAAUGUCAAUCGAAUUCGUUGAGUUUCUCAAUCAUGCACCAAAGUGCUCGCCAUCCAAGGAGCACGUAUACAGAGACACAGCACAAGAUGCAAAAAUGAACAACGACAUUGCAAAUACAACAUGAUCCGCUUCUUCACUGGGUGUGAAUGCUUUAUAGUUUGAAGAUACAAUUUCGUACAGCUGUUAUGAAUUUUGAUGUACUCCAUUAAUAUUCUUUUCUGUUAAUAAUCAGUACAGGUCUAAGUUGGCAAUUACAACUGUUUGUUGUGUGUCAUGUGAUGAGAGGAAAGCCAAAUGAAUGUAAUAAGGUUGGCUAAAUUUGUGUACAUCCUUGUGUAACUUUGACUGUGGGUGUGUUCACUCAUGUUUGAAACUUCUGCGUAUCUUGUAAAUCUUGUUAUUCAAGGAAAUUUGGAAGGUUUCAUACUCACAGCAAGAAUCUUUCAGUAGUGAUCAGCGAUCACCUUAAACUCUGCUAGCUUACAAAAUGUAUUUAGUAUUUCUUGUUGUGGA